UUGCGUCCCGAGUUGUGUCUUCUAGGAAACUGCUGCCACUGCCCCCUCUCCUUCUCUCCUCUUCAUUUCAUAAUUACUUUCUUCUCAAAGUCUGAAGCAAGCAUUCGAGACUGUCAAACUGGCUGGCUUGACCAAAGCAUCACACUUCUACUCUAAUCACCUCGAAAGCAAAAACUCCAUAGCCAAUAAUAUCUAAGUCCAAAAAUCCAUGGUCCUCUUCCGUUUCUUCGUUGUGGCCAUGGCUUUGGCUUUAGUCCUACCCUCCCCGACCCUUCCCCAACAAAACAACUCCGAUGCGUGCCCUCUCGACUUCGGCGUCCUCCAAGUGCUCAUCCAAGACUCCAACCACCCUAAAGUGGACCCCGCCAUCAAGUGCCAGUACAUCAGCCAGGGCCUCCGACUUCUCCAGUCCCGUUACCUCCAGCGCACCAACUCGUUCCUCCCCCCACUCAACUCGUCCGAUUCAUGCUGGUCCGCUUACCAAGCUCUCAUCGACAACCUCAGAUCCUCCUGCGGCUUCCAGACCGACUGGAUCUCCAGGGGCUGCAUGAAUAUCACCACUAGGGCCCAGUUCGAGGACAUUGUCUCCCCGCAAACCCUGGACAACGUCGUCACCUACUGCAACCAGUCCCUCGAGAACAGCUCCCCCUGCGCCUCCUGCACCACCAGUCUUUCCACCCUUCAGGCCUCGUACCUGACCGGGCCCUCCGUCGACAAUGUCUCUGACUGCACGGCAUACGCCUCGAUUUACGCGGCUGCAUUCGCCAAUCUGUACGGGCCUACAGAUACAGGAACUGCCAAGUGUCUCUUCUCGCUCGAUUAUACGUCCUCGCGCUCCAAAAGUAAUCGGCGGAAGGUAAUCUUGGUUGUCUUGAUUGCUUGCGGUGUCGGAAGUUUACUCCUGACUGGUGGGGGUUGGUUUUUGUGUCGAAUAAGAAGAAGAAGAAGAAAAAAUGAGGGAUUGAUCAUGACCAUGAAGAAUAGAGGACAGGUCGGUAAAAUUGAAAUGGGAUUGGGUUCUGAGCUGGAGUCGAUCCAUGAUGGUACUACUUUAUUGACGUUCACAUUCGAAGACAUCAAGAAAGCGACCAAAAAUUUUUCUACGGACAGUAUAAUUGGUAGAGGAGGUUAUGGGAAUGUGUACAAGGGCACGUUGUCAGACGGGUCCGAGGUUGCAUUGAAGAGGUUCAAGAAUUGUUCUGCUGCAGGGGAUGCGACUUUCGCGCAUGAGGUUGAGGUUAUUGCGAGUGUUAGGCAUGUCAACCUUGUUGCUUUGAGAGGGUACUGUACCGCCACAACUCCAUUUGAGGGUCACCAGAGAAUCAUCGUGUGCGAUCUGAUGAAGAACGGGAGUCUUCAUGACCAUUUGUUUGGUCCUUUGGAGAAGAAGCUAAGUUGGCCGAUGAGGCAGAAGAUCGCCUUGGGGACAGCAAGGGGAUUGGCUUAUCUGCAUUACGGGGCUCAACCGGGGAUUAUACAUAGGGACAUCAAAACUAGUAACAUACUUUUGGAUGAGAGGUUUGAGGCCAAGGUGGCAGAUUUUGGCCUUGCAAAGUUCACGCCGGAGGGAAUGACGCAUAUGAGCACAAGGGUGGCGGGGACAAUGGGAUAUGUUGCUCCUGAGUAUGCCUUGUAUGGUCAGUUGACAGAGAGAAGUGAUGUGUAUAGUUUUGGGGUUGUGCUUCUGGAGCUUUUGAGUGGAAAGAAGGCUCUCAUUGGCAGCAAUGAGGGCCGGCCCUCACUUGUGACAGAUUGGGCAUGGUCAUUGGUGAGGAAAGGGAGAACUUUAGAUGUAAUUGAAAGUGAAAUGCCGGAGCAAGGUGUGCCGGAGGUUCUAGAGAAGUAUGUCCUGAUUGCAGUGCUGUGCUCUCAUCCACAGUUAUAUGCUAGGCCUACAAUGGAUGAGGUUGUGAAAAUGUUGGAAACAGACCUUUCAGUUCCCUCAAUCCCAGAAAGACCGAUUCCUCUAGUAGCUGAGCUUGACGAUAUUGAGGGAUCUGCGAGUAGCAGCGGCUCAGAGCACUCUAAAUGGCUCAUGUAUAAUAUAAAAAUGUGAAAUAUUUAGAGAAUUGUUUAUAAAAUGAGCUCCACUAGAUUAUGUAAAAGAGUUUGUAAAAUACAAAUUGCUAUAGUAAUCCGCUACAUCUAACCAUAGGUGGGGGCCUGGCUGGACUAUGUCUCAAGGGAUUCUGUCACAACCCCCAGGAGAAUGGUUCGGGACCACACCUCGAAACGACUUAUGGAGGGUCAGGACAGUCACAUGGCUAGCCUACUUGUAGGCCUUGACUCAGACCAUGACACGCAGAGGGCAACCAUGGAGGCUACUGGCCACACGAAGACUAUGUGUGCAGGCUUGCAUGUGCCCUUGAGCGUGCACCUGCGCCCAUGCAUGUGUGCCCCAUCUCCACUUAGCGAGGCUAGUGGCGUGCCCUCAUAGGCAUGCCAUCCAGGGCACGACGCUAGCCCGUGCCUUGCAGGCAAGGCUAGUAGCAUGCCCUCAUAGGCACGCCAUCCAGCAUAUGGCUUCAGCUCGUGCCUUGCAGGCAAGGCUAGUGGCAUGCCAGCCAGCGCAAGGCUCCAGCCCGUGCCUUGCAGCCCCAUAACCCAGAUUGUUAGCUUGGGCCAUGCAUGCCCAUCCCCCAGGCCACCAGCCCGGGCCAUGCAGGACCACUACCUAAGCCAUUUGAUUGGGCAGCACAGCAGCAGCACGGCAUCACCCUGUGCCCACUAUCAGGCCUAGGCUUAGCACCAUGCCAUACCCAUCAUCAGUAGGCGAUGCAUAGCGCUAUGUCGUGCCUACCACCAGACCAACGCAUGGCACCAUGCCAUGCCAUGUAGCGAGCCACGAACCAUACCAUAACUAGCCUAACCGUGGACUGUGCACCGCCAUAGCCCACCAUGGGCCAUGUAUGUGACAACUAUCAUGGGCUAAAUUAUUUAUUUUAUUAUUUUUAUUUAUUUUAUUUAAAGACUUGUCAAUUAUUAUUUCAUUUGCUUUAUUUAUUUAUUUUAAUUUGCUCAGGGACCUUUUGGGGGUUUCCACUUUGUAAAUUCUAUAAAUAGGACUCUUAGACAUUUCAUUAGGAUUUUUUGUCAUUUUGAACAUUGAGUGGCCGGCCAUAGGCUUGAGAGUUAUUCAAUGUCGGUGCUUCUUGCAUUUGGGCUCUUUUUGGGUGCAAUUAGUGAAUCCCCAAGGAGAGAAUCAUGCCUUGCAAUUUGAAAAUAGGUGUGAUUCGAUUUAUCCUUCAAUAUAUUUGAGGUUUCAUUUUAA